AUGACGAGGGUGUACUCUAUUGGCGAUAGGAUUUUAAAUUCGGAUAAAAGAUGUUUUGGGACUGUUAGAUGGAUAGGAAAAUUAAAUGUCGAACAAAUUAAAAUUAUUUUGGAGAAAUCCGUAAACAACCCCCCCUUUAGAGGUCAUUUCCAGGAAAAUCUGGAGGAUGACACAGAGAUGGCUGAGGCUGAGAUAGAUUCUAUAGAUCCCGGGGAGAAUUAUUUAGGAAUUGAAUGGGAUGAUGAUUUGCAGGGGUUUUGCAAUGGUGAAAUUGGCGAAGAUAAAUUAUUUGACCCUAUUUACUCUAUGCUACGGAAUCAUUAUAGGAAGAUGUACUCUGAACCACGCCCUGCUAAAUUAUUGUCAUGUUCAUUUCUAACUCCAUAUAGUGUAUAUACCGAGGAAAAAACAUUCGCCCAGGCAGUUUUUGAGCGAUAUGUUGAUGAUUUUAACGAUGACAACGAAGAUCAUUCGAAUAGUAUAGAGUUUGUUGGUAGAGAACAAGCUGUAAAUUAUUUUAGAGAUUUAAACAAUUUGAGAAUAAUAAGCGUAAAUAAGUACAACAUUUCAUCUAUUGGAAAACUUGAUUAUAUUAGUUUGCCCAAGUUAAACUGUAUUCAGCUGAUUGAUAAUUUGUUUUCAUGUUGGACUGAGAUAAGUAAGAUAGCAAAAUUCUCACCUAAAUUGAGUAAUUUGGAUAUGAGUGGGAAUAAGAUGUCACUAUUCACUUUCAAACCAGAAGAAUGUGAAAUAUUCUCAUCCCUGAAGAUUUUAUAUUUAAAUAGAAGUUUUGUACAAUUUAACGAAUUCGCUACUCUAUGUGGAUAUGGAAUGUUUCCUAAAUUAGAAGUAAUUCAGAUGUGCAACAAUUACAUUUCAACAUUAAUAAUAGAUAAUUAUGAUAAUCUUCCGGAUUUGAAGGUUAUAAAUUUAUCAGACAACUACAUCUCAGAUAUAGAAGGCGUGUUCAAACUUAUUCACAACGUUGCCAGUCUUAAGAAAUUAUUAAUAAGUGGGAACAAAUUAUCUACCAUUGGUAAUGUAAAACGGCUUGAAAAGUAUCAAGUGGAACACCUUGAAGAAUUGUAUAUUGAAAAUAAUUUAAUUAAUGAUUGGGAUAUGAUCGUAUAUUUUUCAAAGAGAUUCAUAAACUUGAAGUGUUUAAGAAUAAACGGGAAUAAUUUAAAAAGUACGACUGAGAAUUUGAAGAAUGAAUGCAGAAAUAUUUUGGUUUCUUUGUUCCCUAAAUUGGAAAAUUUGGAGGGCUCUAAUAUAUCUAAUAUCGAUAGAACUAAUGCAGAACGUUAUUUCAUAUCAAUGGCAAAUUCAGGAAAUAAUUCAUAUACAAUGGUUCAAAAUUUGGAUCCAAAUAUUUUAGAUAGGCUUGAACAGAUUCAUGGAAAGAGGGAAUGCGUAGAUGGAGAUUCAUUUUUGAAGAAAAAUUUUGUAGAACUCAUUCUAGUUCCAGAUGGUGAACUGUGUGAUUUUUCAAAGGGAAUUACUAAAAGAUCAUUUCCAAAUGAUGCAAAGGUUAAGGAUCUCAAGAUUGUCUGUUCUAAACUGUUCGGUGUACAAUACUCUAUGGUCAAAUUAACCUACAAUGAUGGGAAAAUGCCCAUAUCUCUGGAACUAGAUGAUGACUUUGCUCGGAUUGAUCAGCAUGGAAUCUGGAAUGGCUAUAUAAUACGUGUUCAACACCCCAUUCAACUAUGA